AUGGGGCUGUCAUGCUUCCAUGGCAGGCCCAAGGGAGAUAUUCUUCCCUUCAAAUUACCCACAUGGCAACCGAAAUCCAAGAGAGGCAACGUAGUGUUGCUGUUGGCUUGCACGUUGAUCACGGCAGCUAUGCAGGGUUAUGACGGAGCAAUGAUGGGAGGCAUGAACAUCUUGCCGCAGUAUACCGAAUAUUUCAAGCUAUCGACGGUGACUACUUCUCUCAACAUUUCCGCCAAUUACUUUGGCGGGGCUCUCUCCUGUUUAUGUUGGGGCUGGGUAACGGACAUGUAUAGCCGCCGUUUUGGGCUGUUCUGGGCAGCCAUGAUCACAGUGUUUGCGGCUAUCUUGCAGUGUGCUGCACAACACAUCGCCAUGUUCUGUGUGGCCCGAGUUUUGAUCGGAUUCGGUACGACGGCUUCCGUCAUCUCCGGGUCCGCCUACCUCGCCGAGACGUUACCGUGGGAGCAACGCGCAUGGGGGCUGGCUCUUUUCAAUGACUUCUUUUACGUGGGCGCUCUCUCCGCCGCGGGCGUGACGUAUUCAGCCUUCAGGAUCGACAGUACCUGGGCGUGGCGACUGCCAACCCUUGUGCAGGGCGUCUGGGGGCUGUGGUGUGUUUCUUUACUGCCCUUGAUGCCCGAGAGUCCCCGUUGGUUAAUUGAUCAGGGACGCGCCCAAGAAGCCUUGGUAGUGUUGGCUCAGGUUAAUUCGGGCGGAGACACGAGGGACGAUGUUGUGCGUCUCCAGUUCAGGCAAAUCUGCGAAACGAUCGAAUACGAGCGGGACCCGAUGUCACGCAAGGAGGCACUCCGGAACCGAGGGGCGAGAAAGAGGCUCAUCAUUACCGCUACCUGCGCCGUGUUUUCCAUGCUUACCGGGAACAUUUUCGUCAUGUAUAAUAUCGGUAAAAUGCUCACUAACGCCGGGGUGAACAGCAAGAGUUCACAGUUGCUUCUGAACGUGGGGCUCAACGCAAGCUCGCUGAUUGUCUCGAUUAUCGGUAGUUAUUUUACAGACAGAUGGGGAACCAAAGUCGCUGCACUCGUCAGUACUGCCGGAGUCACGAUCGGACUGUUAACCAUCGGCGCUCUGACAAAGUUCUACGGAGAUACCACCUACGCCCCCGGGAUUUGGGCAACAGUUGGUGGCAUUUUCUUAUUCUCGAUUUCGUAUGCUUUUGGAUGGGUUCCGAUCCUCUUUCUUGUACCUGCACAAAUGCUAUACUUCCGCAUAAGAGCCCAGGGCAUGAGCAUGUUUAGCUUUAUAGUUUGCACAAUCGGUAUUGCAGGCAACUUUGGCUUCCCACCAGCGUUGGAUGCUAUCAGGCACUGGUUAUUCAUAGCUAACGGCGUGUGGAACAUAAUGUUUUUUAUCUUCAUUCUCUGCUACUGGGUGGAGGUCAAGGGCAAAACCCUGGAAGAGAUUGACGCGAUUUUCGACGGAAGGAAACAUACAGAUACCCCAAACAUACACGGUGUAAUGGCUGGCACGGAGGAUGAGAGCUGGAAACGGCAACUCAGCGAAUGGAUGAAGAACAAAAUCGGGGCGGUUGAAACACCGCACAUUUGGUCUGGGUGCCCCGAAUAG